GUAUGGGAAGUGUAACAUAAUAGUAUGGUUAAUGCAAAAACCUAGUAUUGCUACUCUAACGAUAUAUUUUGUUAUAACAAUCUACUACUAAAAAUACUUUAGAUGCUUCUGACAACCACAAUUUUUUUUCAGUGUGCAAUAUUUUCUGUAUAAUUGCACAUAGUAGGUCAAUUGUAAAUGUUUUUCCGGCGUGAUCAGACGUAUUUCCUAUAAGAUACUUUAUUAUAUUUAGCAACAUUUUAAAUAAUUAUUUUACUUUAAAAAUAGAAAGUAAAAUUUCAAGUUAGUCAACGUGAAUCUGUUGAAUUAUAUUUAUUUUCAAUGCAUUUGAAACAAAUCAUAGUGAUUUUUUUAUUAGUUAAAGUGACGAAUAGUAAAAUAAAACAUUACGAUUCUCCUCUGGGAGAUUCAGCGAUCGAUUUCUAUCGUCAAGUGAGGCAACUUCUCGACUUAUGUUUCACUGAAAAUUUAAAUCCUGUUGUUAUUACUGAAGAUUUGUAUAACGAUAUCUACAAAAUUCCAUGGGAAACAAUAAAUCCGCCUCCAAUAAUUAUCAACGAAAAUUUUAAACCCAAAGAAAUCCAAGUGCACAAUCCAUCUUAUCCGACGUAUGUUUUGUCGGUUACUAACUCAAUUGAAAAUUUAAAAACACUUCUCAUUAAAUUAAAAUCUACAAGUGUCUGGAGCAUUGAAUCCUUGUUUUUUAUUAUCGGAAACUCUUGUGAAAAUGCUAGCGAAACAUUCAAAAUAUUGUGGAAAAUGGAUUUGUUGAAAUCAUUCUUCUUAUGCCAUGAACCAAGUAAUAGUACUCUGAUAAUUUAUAAUUACAACCCAUUCACAAGCUUCGCACCACAUCCGUGGAAAAAAGUUGCAACAAAUGACAAAGCUAGUAACAAGAAAUGGACAAUAUAUAACCAGCUUUUCUUUAAUGUUACAGAUAAUAAAAUUUGCCACAAUAUUACAUUUGACAAAACGAAAAUUUUAGACAGCCAUGAUGUAAAAACUACGUUUUUUUUUAAAUUACCAAAGGCAACUACCGAUGAUGUAAUUUAUUAUGGAAAUACAUCUGACAAAUCGUCCGGUCGAGCAUUUCCGUAUUUGGAUGCUUUUUAUCCUUUUUUAAAUAUUACACCAGCAAAGUAUAUACUUCAUCCUGAUGUUGCUCGCGAAGCAGUUAAACAGGGAUAUUUAAAAGUAUUAGCUGAUGGUAAUUAUGAUAUUAACGAAAAACUAUGGUCUAUCUCAAAUACAAAUUAUACACAUUCAGAUAUUAUGACUCAGUAUUAUGAAGUUACAUUUUCAAUAUUAACCCAAAAAAGAAGUUUUAGUUCAAUAGCCAAUGAGAUAGCCAAUAUUUAUAGUCUUGAAUUACUGAUAUUAUCAACUGUAGUGUUUUUACUAAUUACGAUAAUAAUAAUAAUAAUUAAUAAUUUUGACUUUGCACGAUCGUUAUUGGAUGUUCUUAGUUUGUCACUGAAUAUGGGAAUACUCACGCCUCUCGAUAGGUUAUCGAUGCGUAUUACUUUCUUUACCGGAUUUUUUUUUAUUUUUUCGAUGAGUUCAGAAAUUCAAGGUCAAAUAUCGACAUUAUUGUCCAACCCUUCAACUCAUUAUAUUGAUACGUUACAAAAUUUGUAUGAUCAUAACUAUCACGUGUACUAUGAUUUCGAAAUUCAUGAGGAUAUAAUUAGUCAAAAUAUAUGGGUAACUGACGAUGAUAAGAAAUAUUUACAUCCAUGUGAUUAUGUGUGUUUAUAUAAAUACAGUCAAAAUAUUAGAAUCAAUUCAACAAGCGCCUGCAUUUAUAAAACUGAUCAACAAUUAAAAUUUAUAAAAUCUUUUCCAAAUUUGUACUUAUCAAAAACUCCUGUUUUUACAAAAUUAUAUGCCUACUGGACGCGUAAGAAUUGGGCGUUGAAAAAAAAGUUUGAUGAAAUCGGUCUAACUUCAUUUGAGACGGGCUUUAUAAAUCGUUUAGAUAGAAGAAAUAAUAAUCUUUUAAAGAAAAUUAAAAAAAUUGAAAGGAUUAAAAGAAAUAAACAGUAUGAUCAGAUCGUAAACGAGGAUUUGAAAUAUACUUAUAUAAUUGUCGGUGUUACCAUAAUCACGGCUUUAUUGGUUUUCGGUGUUGAAUUAAUGUUGCGAAAAUUGUUUAGACCUAAGCGACCUGUACACCGACCUAUACCUAAUCGUAUACCAAUAAAAAUGAAAAAAAGACUAGUAUUUCCUAAAAGACGAAUCGUUUCUGUCAUUAGACGAAUGCGACGUCGUAAUUAAAUAUUGAUUAAUUUUUUUUUGCUAUUGUUCGUUUUGAUUCAACAAAUAUUUGAAAACUUUUUACACACUUCGCACGACAAAAUGAUUCAUCAGCUUUAUGAAAAUUAUUAAUUAAAAAUGCCCUCUCGGGAAAAUGAUAACGUUAUCAAAGUAAUAAAUUUUGUAAGAAAAGAUCUGUAUUUAACCAACAGUUUGUUAAUCCAUUUUUUGUAUAAAAAAAAUAU